GUGGAGCUGAGGGUGGGGCUGUUACGGUUGGAACACGUGGACCAAUGUAGCUACUAGCUUACUUAGCUAACCCAAGAAGAAGCUCCGGGGAUAGGGUAUCCCACCCACACGGCCGACUGGCUCCAGUGUGAGACUGUGGUCAUGCUGAUCGCCUGAGGAGAUCUAUUAGGGACUGGGACUUUUAAAUUACAAGCAGAGCCUCAGACCGCUGCGAUCGUAGCCGGGCGCUGUGGCCUUUUACAUCAGUUCUUGCUCCACCGUCAGAGAUCAGCAGGACAUUAGCAACAUGCUAACUCGAAGCUAACAGAGAUUUUUCUGGCAUUUUUAGCAAGAAAAAUGCGACAGGGCAACUCCAAAGUGAAGGCACCUCUGGCCUGCAUGUAUGGAAAUCAUAAGUAGGUAAGCUGACCGAGGAUAUCAGGCUUUGCUGGUCUACCGUGGUCUACCUGUAACUCUCUCCUUCAGUUUUUUAAUGAGAAGGUCAAUAGAAUCCAUCUCUCUUUACCUCAUUCCUCCCCUCCCUCUCCUGAUUUAUUUGAACCCACCAUUCCGUUCUCCUCCUUUGAACUUCCCCAUCCCUCAGAAAUAUUAGAUUACAUCACCAAAUCCAAACCUUCCACCUGUCAACUGGACCCUAUUCCAACUGUUUUAGUUAAAUCGUGCCUUUCUUCUCUGCUCCCUUUUAUAACAGCCAUUAUUCAUUCCUCACUAUCCUCUGGUACGGUCCCAUCCCUAUUCAAAUCCACUUCAGUCAGCCCUAUUCUAAAGAAAAACUGGUUUAGAUCCCAAUGAUUUCAAUAACCUCCGUCCCAUUUCCCAUCUUCCCUUCAUUUCCAAAGUCCUUGAGAAAACUGUUGCAUCUCAGCUCCAUUCACAUCUCACCCGCAAUAACCUUUAUGAACAGUUUCAGUCUGGCUUCCGUCCCCACCACAGCACAGAAACAGCUCUCAUCAAGAUCACUAACGACCUACUCAUUGCUGCUGAUUCUGGUUUAAUCUCUAUUCUUAUUCUCCUCGAUCUGAGUGCGGCCUUUGACACCAUUUCUCAUCCCAUCCUCCUUAAUAGACUCUCUUCCUUAGGCAUCACUCACACCCCCCUCCGCUGGUUUCAAUCUUACUGUGACGAAGUGGUAGGGAUGAUUUCCCAUUCGUCCCUGUAAUUUAUUUCUGUAGUCUGCUGGCACUGUGAUGGGGGAUAUUUUAACUGAAAUGUGUCUUAGUGUGUCUGUAUGUGAAAAUGUUUUUUGUAUUGUAAAAACAGUUUUGUCUUUUGUUUAUGUUAACAUUUAGGUACCUUUAUGUGGAUGUUUAUUUCCCUCUGGAUUUAAUGUUGGAGCACUGAUUGGGGUGGAUUGUUUGCAGGUGUGAUUUGCUGGGGUAUUUAAAGGAAGCCAGGUGGAGGCUUGGGGAGUUUUGUUUUUGUUAUGUGGUGAUCUGUAAAAGGAGAGAGGUGAAAUAAAUGCAGGAGAAGCAUUUUGGCUCUCUGGAAAAAUGUCCCUGUGCUGCAGUUUGCUUCUACUUCUUUCAGCUUGAAGACCUUCUGGCUGCUCUACAUUCUCACAUUUGGUGGCAGAGGUGGGAUCCAGGCCGGUAGCUGAAAGUGAUGCAGAAGGCAACUCGAGCAAAGAAGCAGCAAGGGCUGUGUGAGGGUCUUGAGGAGGAGGCCCAGGAGGAUCUUGGCCUGGCCGGAGCUGUUGGUGAGCAACACACAGAGGAGCGAAGUUUGUCUGAACUGAUGACUUUAUUUAAAGGCCUGAUGCAGCAGCAAGCUGACCGAGAUACCCUGAUGGAGCAGGACAGACGACGACAGGAGGAGCGGUGGCGAGAACUGCAGCACCAGUUCACCCAACUUCAGCAGGAGGUGCAGACGGAGCUCCGGGGGCAGCAGCAGGAGCUGGAGGGUGCAGCUGGUGGCUCUGACGUACCUCAGAGCCCUGCAGCCAUACGGGCUGUGCAGCAACCUCAUCAACAAGGAGGAGUUCCUACUGCGGGGCACCAGGUUCUGCCCUCGUCCGGUUCGGUGAGAGGACAGGGUUGGGAAGGCCCAAAGAUGCAGCCGUAUGGUGAGGAUGAGGACAUUGAACAUUAUUUAACCACUUUUGAACGGAUUGCGACUGGGUGCCGAUGGCCACGAGAAGAGUGGGGGCUGCAUUUAGCUCCACUCCUCAGUGGUAAGGCACGGGCUGCAUAUGUUGCAAUGGACACUGAGGAUGUUAUGGAUUAUGAUAAGAUAAAAACUGCUGUUCUCGACAAAUUUGAAAUUAAUGCAGAGACUUACCGGUCGAGAUUCCGUUCAACGGAGAUAAAGGAGGAGGAGACACCCAAGGAGCUUCGCGCACGCCUAAAAGACCUGUAUGAGAAGUGGAUGGAUCCAAAGGUGAAGACAAGGGAGCAGAUAGGUGAUGCCAUCGUGCUGGAGCAGUUCCUGCGGAUCUUGAACCCGGAUCUUCAAACCUGGGUGAGGGAGAGGAACCCCACCACAUCCCAACAAGCAGCGGAGAUGGUGGAAGCUUUCCUGGCAGCUCGACGCCCACAAAAGGGGUACUUGACUCACCAGACUGUAACUCCUUUAAUGUGGGGAAAUGUUGGGGAAAAUGCGUUUAAGGUUAAAACUGUUAAUUCAGGUUUUCAAGGUGCUACCCAAAACCGAAAGAAGGAAUUUUGGCCUCGAAAUGUGGUGUGUCAUGCAUGUGGUCAAACGGGUCAUAUUAGAGCAGACUGCCCAAAUCGGGCUGGGGUUCAGACAUUUCUGUGUUUUUCACCUGAGGCUUUUGAUUUGCCAGAAAAGCAGUUUGUUGCGCCGACUAGUGGUCAUGAGUAUACAAUUCCGGUUCAGAUUGGGGGGAAACCUUUGAUUGCGUUAUUGGAUUCGGGUAGUAACCGUACAUUACUUAAGCAAGCUUGUGUGCCUCCGAAUGCCACAUUUUGUGGUACGGUUAAAGUCUGUUGUGUGCAUGGGGAUAACGUUGAUUACCCUGUGGCAAAGGUUCCAAUUAUGGUUAAAGGACAAGAGUAUUUGCUCACAGUCGGGGUUUUGGAGGAUCUGCCAUAUCAGGUUGUCUUAGGCCAAGAUAUGCCAAUCCUGGGUGAUUUGCUAAAUAACCCUGGAGAGACACCUGGUAGUCCAUGUGAAGGUCUGGUCGCCGUCACUAGGUCUAAAUCUAGAGAGUCACCGUUAGACCCUAGUUGGGAUGAGUUACCUUUCUCAGGAGAGGGAAUUCCGGCGGUGGUAGGGAGAAGGUACCAUUUAAGGAAGAGCAAAAGGUUACGGAGACAGGAUAAAGUGAGGGGAACAAAGGUGACAGGGUUGCUUCCUGAGCCUGAGCUGGAUGAGCUGCAGGUGGGGCCAGGUAACCUUGUUCAGCUUCAGAACCAAGAUCCUUCUUUAACAUCUCUUUUUGCUAAAUGUGUACCGGAUUCAACACAGCUAUCAGAUGGAGUGCGAGAGGUUUUUAUUUUAAAGAAUGAACGUCUUUACCGCCGCAUCAAGGUGGGUGACCAGUUAGUGGUUCCCGAAAGCUUGAGGGCAGAGGUUUUGAAGCUGGCCCAUUCUAUCCCUUGGUCAGGUCAUUUGGGACAUCAUAAAACCUUUUCCAGGAUGGUUUCUCGCUUUUAUUGGCCACAGCAGUUCGCAGACACUGUUCGGUAUUGCAAAGCAUGUCCACAAUGCCAGUUAACAGCGCCGGGUAGGAAAGGAGAUCGAGCUCCGCUUAUUCCUAUGCCAGUGAUUGAUGUACCGUUUACGCGGAUUGCUAUGGACAUUGUAGGUCCAUUGGAGAGGAGUAGUUCAGGGCAUAGAUAUAUCCUAGUGGUAUGUGAUUAUGCAACUCGUUAUCCAGAGGCCUUUCCUCUUAAGAAAGUGAAAGCGAGACAGAUUGCUAACUGUCUAAUCCAAAUGUUUUCAAGAGUGGGGGGUGCCGAGAGAAAUUCUAACUGA